AUGACGCAACGCGCCGAAGCGUCUCGCGCACUGACGGCUGCUCCCGUCGACCGCACCACAUCGCACCCCGCGCUACGAUUGCGUCGUACAGUAGCACGACAAAUCCAGUGCGAGGCGGUUAAACGAAGGCUAGCGAGCACCACGAGUGUCGAAACUCUUGCGGUGGGUCUUUGGCAUGCUCCUCGGCUCGGUGACCUACCGGUGGAGCCACGAAGCCUUAAUGUACAACACAACCAGUGUGCUUCCAAUGCAAAUAACGGCAGUUGCGGAGGACAAACGGGAGGCGCAGUUGGACUGGGUCACGCCGCUGUUGCGCGACAUCCUGCCGCCCCGCUUUGA